AUGGAGGAGGUGCAGGUGGAUGUCGAGGUGCACAUUCGUGAUUGGAGCACCACUCGAGUGAAAUCAAAGAGCCGUUUAGCGUACUCGGUCCUGAAAGUGGCAGGCUGGAAGCUCUUGCAAGAGCAGUUCUUCAAAACUCGCUGUGUGCAACAUUCCAUCCAGCCAUGGGGCUCACUCUCAAGCAACAAGGACCGAAAUGAUGUGCUCAUUGUUGGAAAUGACAACCGAGGAUACGGUUUUAUUGUUGCUAGUCCGAACGAAGAAGAGCGUCUACUUCGAGAGGCAAGGAACGAGGCAAGGCAGGAAAGAAUCAAGCAAGCAAGACUUGCUUUUAGCAAGAAGUCCCGAGAAACUAUCAGGAAAAAGCAAGAGAUUGAAGAGCAACGACGUAUGAGUGCACAGAAUAUGGUUGAGAUGCAGAAUGUCGGAUGCUGCAUCGGAUUUUGGAUCAGCGCACGUAGCAGCCCCAAUGCUUGUUGCAGAGUGGCUGUGCUGGACCAGAAAAGAGAGCAGUCGCAAUGCCCCCUUGCAAUUCAAUCGAGGAAUGCAAAGAGGCUUGAACGGACAAGAACCAUCGAGGCAGAGAGAGAGAGGAUACGAGCACAAGCUGAUCGUCGAUUUGAAUCGAACAGUCUCAUCCAGCAGGAGCAAGUGCAGUACACGGCUUGUACUACGAUCACGCAGCGGGUCAAGGUCUCUGAAUCACAACCACUUGGAAGUCAGCCCCGUCUUCUUGCAUCGAAGAAACAUAAACAGGAUUACGGGCAGACAAGAUUCCACGCAGUUCAGAUUUUCCGCCAUAAUCACCAAAAUGUUAAAGACAAUGUUCCACACAGCCUCUUCGAUGCUAAUGGAGAAAUUUGUAUCGUGAAUGCACACGAGGCAGCAAAGGCAAUGAGCAUGAUCAAUGCAAGCCAAGAAAUGCAAAGAAGCAUCAAAUUUCACAAUGAUGACAAGAAAGCAAAGCAAAGAGAAACAGAGGCGAAACGUUGGCUUGAAAAACGAAACACAGCAAAUCGAGUUAUGGAAGACCUUGUCAGGCUGUCGUCGAAGCAGGAGAAAUAUUACAAAAAAAGCGAUUCGCCUUGGGACGCAUACCAUUCCAAGGAGUCGAGGAGAAUGUCUAUCCAGAAAUCGCAAAAGCAAAAAGAGCAUGACCUGAUCGAUGCCCUUCUUGGCCCGUUAGAUGAAGAUGAUGGAGCUGAGCACGACCCGGCUGAACAGGCUAUUACGAGAGAUGACCAGACUUUGGAUGCCCCACAGCCGUUGAACAGGGAUUGUGACCUUGAAGACUCCUUCACCUUGCGGAGGAAGGAAAUUUUGCGUCAGUACGAACAAGAUGGGUACUUGAGUAAUGGCAAAAAGGCAGAAAACGAGCGUUUGACCAAGAACGAUGAGCUCCAACGUGACCGACAGAUUGCAGAUCUCGACGUGAAGAAGCCUGACGACCUUGAUGUGCAGCCAAAAGCAACGAGCCACCAGGCUGUGAUUGAUUUGCAACACUUGCAUCAAGCGCAUAGCUCAUCACUUGGUACAGCUUUAUCUUCAGAAGACUCGCUUGAUGAAGAAGAGGAAAGGCCGCUUGAUGGAGGUGACCAAAUAGCUGAAGAAGAGAAACAGGGAACAUCGGAUCAUUCACGAAAGCAACAUGAGUUCUUGUCUCAGAUCGAUCGCAUCCUAACAAUGCACGAAAGUCGUGGCACACAAGCUAAAGGCUGGACACAGCCGUUGACACAAGGAGGUCAAACAAUCGACCUGGGAAGUUUUCCUGCACCUCGAUACAGUGGCAGCGCACUUGUGCAGGCUGCAGACGACAAAAAUGUGAAGGAUGAUUUAGAACCCGAUGUCGAUGCUGAUGAUGAAGAAUGCACUGACGAGAACCAGCCAUCGCUCACGGUUGUAGAGAAAGGAUGGACUUCAGAAAGGGAUGAACGAGGAUCUGACCUCGCUUUUCAGCCUCCCCAACCAACCCAUGCUGCCGAAAGCCACAGCCAACAGCAGUUGGCAGAUGAUGUGAAAGAAGAUAGCGAACUGAGUACUGAGGCAAUCGUUUCAUCUACCUAUGCUGAGCGGCGAAUGGAAAGCAAAUGGGCUGAGUCGGGCAAGGGCUCGACUCUCGUCAAUCCGGAUAUGGAGGAAGCAAGUCCACAGCCCUUCCCUUCAAGGCUGACUGACAUGAAGCUUUCGUUCGUCGCUUCCGGUGACGUGGCUAGAGCAAAAGACAGAAAGGAGAUGGCGUCUCAGGUCGGAGGCCUCUCUGCAGCGAGUUCAUCUGGGUAUGAAGAGCAAAGAAACGACCUCGGACGGAACGCAUUGCAUGUAGAGAUAGGGAGAGCUGGGGAGGAGCUUGCAGAUGACAGUGAUCUAGAGCUCUCGGACACACCUCCUUCAUCUCCAUCCCAGCAGUCAUCAUCCAGCUGGGGGCUCCCUCCCUUUCAAGUGCCGGAACUCUCGUCCUCCCCUAACUCAUCGAGGACAUCCAAGGAGAUCGGCUCUUCUCGCGAAAGGCACCGCACGAGCGACGAGAAGUAUCGUGAAGCACAAUCCCGGGACAACUACUCCUCGGUCCUCAGCUCUCUCCGAUCUCUCAGUGAAGUCCCUUCCAUCGAAAUGAGCCCCAGCAGCAGCGAAUCCGAUGGUGACGAUGACGACGAGGGCAGGGAUCGUGGCGUGUCAAUGUCGAGGAGCGAUGCAGAGGCUCAGGAUCUUGACUCCAUGACAGAGCUCCGCGUCUCAGAUGAGCUCAGCUCUUCCCUGCUCCACCUGAGGCUCGAGGAGCAGGAGGCAGCUGGGGCUGCAGAGAUGAAGAAAUGGUCUCCGAGACAUGCGCUGCAAGAGUCUCAAGACUCGCUGGAGGCUUCAGAACACGAGUCGGAGGACACCUUCAGCCUGUCAGAUAGCGAGCCCAGCAAGUCCCCAGCACGGCGACUACAGGAGCAGAGGGGCGAUGAUCCGCUGACGAGACGUGACGAGUGGGACGAGUCACUGCCGGAGAUGAAGAUGCUUAGACAGGCACAGCUGAAGCGACAGGUGAAGGAGGAGGAAGAGACUCUAGGCGUUGACUGGGUCCAGGCGAUCGAGGAGCGACGUCGGAAGAUUCAAGAGCAGGAGAGGCAGCGCCGGGACAGGCUCAUCCGCUCUCGCACGGGACCAGCGCAGGCCAAGAUGCUUCGUUGA